GCCUUGCCACUCGUAGUCAAGUCCGUGCUGUCGAACUUGGAUUUCGGCUACCCGUCGGACACGAUGUUCUUUGCUUGCGCCAUCGCUGAUGCGGGCUCGAAGUUCUGGUCGCCCCCCGAGUCGGCCAGCAUUGCGCCGCCGGCAACGCCAAAGACGGCGCGGGCCACGCCUGGCAUGGUGAAGCGGUUCAUGUACCACAAGGCCGCGCAGAUAGCAUGCGUCCUGAGCGAGGCUUCGGACGUCUUCGGGACGGGCGACAGGGGCGGGCCUGGCCACGACGCCGCUGUCGCAGCAAGUUUGGACGCAUUGCUGGACUAUGUCAAGAAGCACUCGUCUGCGCCCGAAGCCUCGGCGCAAUCAGAUUCGAAGUUCUUGGCUUGCGAUGGGUCCGAGAUGGGCGCCUGGACCCUGCAUUGGGCUGGCGCGAUCAUUAGUUUCUCGACUUCUGAAUUCGAGAAGGGGCUUGCGCCCAAGGGCGCUGGCGCGCCCAGGAUGCAAGCCGGCCCCCUCGCCAUUGCUGACCUCGGGGCGAUGCUGGGCAAGAAGGCCAGGGGCAUGAAGAGCGCGGGCGCCUCUGACGAGCGCAAGUUGACCGCUGAGUUCUUUCAGAUGGAGACGACCAGGGCAACUCCACCGCGCGCGGCGCUGGUGGCAAAUAUCAAGAGCAUGAAGGUGCACCCCAACUACGUCCACCUGGCGUUCCCCAACCCUGUCGGGCACGCCUAGUCGGCGUCCGUGGAGCCGACCUGCUCCUCGGAGAUCGCCGACGGCGACCUCUGGCCAGCGGGGGUCUUGUUGAAGCAGAGGGGCUCUAAGCAUCAGAUGUUGUUCAUGGUUUCGAGGCCAACCCCGACAGCG